AUGCCCCAGCGUCGCAGGCCCGUAGAGGUCCAGGUCAAGGCAGAGGCCCCCUCGGACGGCCUCGCGGCAGCCGCCUCGCCCGCGGGCGGCAGGGGCAGGGGCCGUGGGAGAGGCAGGGGGCGUGGCGCCGGCCCUCGACCCAUGGUCGAGAUGACCGCCUCGGGCCCUUUUGCCAUGGGUCCCUCGGCGGCGCGGCCCGGCUCCCGCUCGCUUCGCACCGCCAUCGGCCCGGGCGGCUCCAACCUGGCCUCGUCCAAGCCCGACCCCUCGCACGACUCGCUAUCGGCCUCGGACCCGGCGCGCUCGGCCUACCGCAACCCGGACAAGCUCAAGGACGCCGAGCAGUACUCGGAUCCGGAGGAGGAGGGCGUCGAGAUCAUCGACAUCGACCAGGUCCACGAGCUCGACGAGCUCGCACCGCGGGCCCUGCCCCGCAUGGCCGAAAAGGCGUCGAAAAAGGAAAGGAAGCGCGCGGCCGAGAAGCGCAAGCUCAAGGUCGAAGGGCGACUCAAGAAAGAGGCCGGCGGCAGCAGCGGCAGCGGCGGCGGCGGCGGCGGCGGCGGCGGCGACGGUGAGGUCGUCAUCAAGCCGGACCCGGAAGACGACGACGGCGACGUUGCGAUGCGCGGCGGCGACGACGACAAGGCGAGGGCCACGACUGUCUCGAGCGGCUCAGGCACGCCGCGGCCCGGAGCCACAUCCGCCUCCGACGAUAGCGACGACGACGCAGACGACGAGGGAAAGAACAAUGCUGACGCGCUCGAUCUGAGCGAGAGCGAGGAAGAGGAGCUGAUGGACGACUUGGUCGACGACUUUGUCUUUGAUCCGUCCGACGACGCCACGCUCGAGAACCGGCUCUACAUGUUCCAGUUCCCGCAGCUGUUUCCCAAAUUCACCGAGGCGCCGGACCAGGGCGCACCAUCGGACGACGAGGGCGGGGACGGCAAGAAGGAGGAGGAGGGCGAGGCCGGGGGAGAGGGGGGAAGCGAGCCAAAGUCGGAGGGACCGCAGUCGAUACUCAAGAAGCGGACCGUGGCCUUUGCCGAGGGCACGGCGGGCGGCAGCGGCGUCGCGGGCACCACGCCCAAGCUCGAAGGCGGCGUCGGCGGCGGCGGCGGCGCCAAGGUCAAGAGGGAGGGCAAGGCGGGCGCCGGCCAAGACGACGACGACGAUGGCGCCAAGAUUGAGGGACAGGCGGGCCGCCUCGACGUCUAUAAGGACGGCCGCGUGUUUUUCCGCUUUGGCGAUCUUGUCAUGGAGGUAACGGGCGGGUCGCAACCGACCUUCCUGCAGCAGCUGAUGCUGCUCGACGCGACGCGCGGACAAGCAACGACGAUGGGCGAGAUCCACCGCAAGUUUAUCGUCUCGCCCGAGCUCGACUGCAUGCUCUCCGAUUUCGACGCCUUCGACCGCCAGCGCCGCAUCGAAAACGAGCAGCGCCGCCGCGAAGAAGAGGCCCGCCUCGAAAAGGAACGCAACCGUUUCGGAGGUAUCGGACUCGGCGGUGGUGCCGCCGGUGGUGGUGGUGGGCUCGGUGCGAGGAGGAUGGAGUAG